GCCAGCUAAACUGCAGCGGCCAGUUAUAUAAUGCAAAUGGCACAUUUAAUUGCUGUGGAGAGAUGAUAUAUGAGCCAGUGAAGCACCUCUGUGUGAAUAACACAAUACAUAUAAAAGAGAGCAAUGGCAAACUAGGGCCACAUAUCGUCAUGUGUGGAAGCAAUACAUAUUUCCAACCAAGACACCAAACUUGCUGUGUAAAUUCCUCACAUUUUGGUCAUGUUCAAAAUGUAACAGGUGGGCGCUGCUGUGCUGGUGAAGCAUAUGAUCCUGAUGAUAAAUUUUGUUGUUCUGGAAAAAUUUAUUCAAAAGAGAAUUGGCAGUACAUCGGUGAGGACAGCUUUCUUGAUGAUGCGGGGAAGUUUAUCUGCUGCAAUCAAAUAAAAUAUAAAAUCUCAGCUGGUGAGAAAGCUUGCCAUGGCAGCAUCCCAUAUAAUCCAGAUAAUGAAAUAGUUUGUGAAGACAUCGUUCAUCAGCAAAACGAUGGCAUUUGUUGUGGAAAGGUCCUCUAUAAUCCAUUGAAUGAUAUCUGCUGUAAUGGACGAAGGUAUCCAAAAUCUGAUGGAGGAUUGAAGCCUUUGUGCUGUGGAAAAAAAUUAUACGAUUCAUCCAAUAACACCCUAAGAUGCUGUGGGAUCCAGCUACAUGAAGUGGCGAAUGGAACGAACGUACAUUGCUGUGGCAACAUCCUAAUUAACAACGGUCAGGAAUGCUGCACCUCUGAAAGCCAACAGCGCCCUUUGAUGGAGACAAAUAACUUAACAUGCUGCGGACAUCUCAUCUAUAACACCACUGUGGAAAAAUGCCAUGCUGGCCACCUGUCUCAUCGCAGAAGUCACCACCCUACAUUUAAGACAAAAGAAAGAUGCAGACUGGUCACACUAGAUAACGUAUAUGUGUCAGAAGAACAUAAGCAAGGUGUUUUUGGAAAAGUUAUUUCUAUAGAAGCAAAAAAUGGAGAACGCCGGCUCAUCUUAGACGACUAUGCCAAGUUAAAUGUGAGCAAAUGUCCUCAUCAGAUUUCCUUCAGGUUCUUCCCUCAGAUGACAGAAAAUGUCACAAUACGUGACAAUGAAUGCCCAUCUCUGACUGUAGGGAACACCUAUGUUUUCUGGUGUCCUGACCCUGGGCGUAUUUGUGAAGAGAUUUCCCCGGUGAACCUGAAUGGAAAGAUCUACAUCAGUAACUUUCUAAGAAUUGGCUCAGGGCCAUGUUAGAAUUGAUAUUGUUGUU